AAGAUGACGUAAAUGCCCUCUUUUUUAUUGCAUUCUGCCCUAGUUUUUUGACCUUGGAAUUCUCCGAUAACCCUCUGCCCUUUUGCCCCUCCGAGAUUCUGCCUCCUCCUUCUCUCUACCCUCUCUCUCUCUCAUCUCUCUGGUUUCCUCGGUUUUCCAAGCCGUGAUGGGAGCUCUUUAUGUGCAUUCUUGAUUAGGGUUUUGCGGCUUCUUCUUCGGAUGCCUCCAGGCUUUCUGGGACAUAAGGAGCAACAUAGAGUUUUGAGUGUUUCUUGAGUGCCCUUUUCGCCUUCUUAUUUGGGUAUUUAGUUUGCGUGUGAAAUUUGAGUGGAUUACUCAUGGCAAACCAUGACAUGAUCAUUGGGCAAAGACAGGAUUUCCCAAUGUUACAGAACCAGAAUUUGGGACUUGUGGAUGAUCAUGAUCUCAUUAGGGGAGAGGGUCAUAAUUUAGGACUUGGACAGACGCAUGAGCAUGAUGAUUUAGGUUUAGUUCAGGCCCAUGAUCACAAGUCGGUGCUAGGUCAGCCGACUGAAGCCCAUGACCAUGAAAUGGCUCCACAAAAUACCCAUGUUCCGAGCGACGAACAACAGAACAGGUUAGAACAAACCGACAGCAAUGGAAUAAACCCAGGUAAGAUCAAUGACCCUGCUAUUGAUGAAGAUGAUACUGCCCCUGAAAAUCACGAGCUGGGUGCGUUGGAGAAUAAUGAAUUGACUGCCAUAGAGAACCAUGAUAUGGAUGAGAACUUGGACCACAACCAGGAGUUGAGUAUUGUAGCUUCCCCAGAUAUGUCUAUUCAGCAAUCCCACUAUGAAAUCACACCUAUCCGUCAGUCCAGAUCGGUAGCUCUUGCUCCAACUCAUGAGUUGACUGUUGGCCAAGAGUUUCCUGAUGUCAAGAGCUGUAGGAGGGCAUUAAGGGACAUGGCUAUUGCUCUUCACUUUGAGAUACAGACUGUUAAGUCCGACAAGACCCGUUUCACUGCCAAAUGCGCUAGUGAGGGAUGCCCUUGGAGGAUUCACGCUGCAAAGCUGCCAGGUAUCCCCAGCUUCACAAUUAGGACUAUCCAUGAGCAACACACCUGUGGUGGAAUUACCCAUCUUGGCCACCAACAAGCUUCGGUUGAGUGGGUUGCGAAAUCCGUGGAACAAAGUCUUAGGGAAAACCCACAUUGCAAACCAAAGGAGAUAUUGGAAGAAAUUCAUCGCGUUCAUGGGAUCACACUAUCCUACAAGCAAGCCUGGAGAGGGAAAGAACGGAUCAUGGCCUCCGUUCGUGGGUCAUUUGAAGAAGAUUAUCGCCUCCUUCCUCAGUAUUGUGACCAGAUUAGGCGGACAAAUCCUGGAAGUAUUGCGUCAGUUUAUGUGAAUCCAGCAGAUAACUGCUUCCAACGGCUGUUUGUUUCGUUUCAAGCAUCAAUUUAUGGGUUUCUGAAUGCGUGUCGCCCCCUUCUUGGGCUGGAUAGAAGUGUUUUGAAAAGCAAAUACCUUGGGACAUUGCUUUUCGCCACUGGCUUUGACGGAGAUGGUGCCCUAUUCCCUUUGGCAUUUGGGGUGGUUGAUGAGGAAAAUGACGAUAAUUGGAUGUGGUUCCUCUCUGAGCUCCAUACAUUGCUUGAAACCAACACAGAAAACAUGCCAAGGCUUACAAUCUUGUCCGACAGACAAAAGGGGAUUGUAGAGGGUGUGGAAGCAAACUUCCCUACCGCUUUUCACGGGUUCUGUAUGCGCCACCUCAGUGAAAGCUUCCGGAAGGAGUUCAACAACACGGUCCUUGUCAACCUUCUCUGGGAAUCUGCAAAUGCUCUCACCGUAAUUGAUUUUGAAGCAAGAGUCCUCGAGAUUGAGGAGAUAUCACAGGAAGCUGCAUAUUGGAUCCGCCGGGUUCCACCUCGCUUGUGGGCCACAGCAUAUUUUGAAGGGACAAGGUUUGGGCAUCUUACUGCCAACAUAGUGGAAUCUUUAAAUUCUUGGAUUCUUGAAGCCUCUGCGCUUCCGAUAAUCCAAAUGAUGGAGUCCAUCCGUCGGCAACUCAUGACUUGGUUCAAUGAGCGACGAGAAGCAAGCAUGGAGUGGGGAUCCAUACUUGUUCCUUCUGCCGAGAGGCAUGUUUCUGAGGCUCUUGACAGAGCGCGGACCUACCAAGUGCUCAGAGCAAAUGAGGCAGAAUUCGAAGUCAUUUCCCAUGAAGGAACAAAUAUAGUUGAUAUAAGAAACCGUUGUUGUCUUUGUAGAGGGUGGCAGUUGUAUGGGUUGCCUUGCGCUCAUGCUGUGGCGGCACUGCUUUCAUGUAGGCAGAACGUGCAUCGCUUUACUGAGGGGUGUUUCACUGUGGCUACCUAUCGAAAGGCGUAUUCUCAAACGAUACACCCAGUUCCGGAUAGAACCCUUUGGAAGGAGAUGUCGGAUGGUUUUCUGACUGAUGGCAGUACCAGCUUUCUGGCUGAAGGCAGUACCGGCAGUAGUAUUGAGAUUGUUAUAAACCCACCAAAAUCCCUUAGGCCACCAGCUAAGCCGAGGAAAAGGCGAGUUCGCGCAGAAGAUCGGGGUCAGGUAAAGAGGGUUGUGCAUUGUAGCCGUUGCAAUCAAACUGGACAUUUUAGAACAACUUGUGCGGCUCCUAUAUAGAUACCGUUUAUCUUUGUUUUCCAGGUUUCCUUUUUCUGUGAGAAGAAUGCAGGUUUCUUAAAAUUCUACUAAUUGGUUUUUGUUUCUUAUUUUCUUUGUGGUAUGUAGCUGGAACAUCAUGAUGUAGUGCAUAAGUUUCGGCCUCAAA